AUGGACUCCCGCGAGAAUUCGAGGCCCACCGGCAUCAAGCCGCCUAGCAAGCUGCCCGCGCUGUCUACCGCUGGCCGCGGUCUGUCGGAGCUGUCCGCGGCGGACAACAACUCACGCGCUAUGCCGUCGACCCUCGUUCCCACCAAGCACAAGGUUACUGGCCUUCCUGAACCCGCACACAAGCUGCCCCGGAAGACCUUGGCAGAGAAGGCUGGCGAGACCAAGUCCAAGGUUCCUGCUCCGCCGAGCUCGAAGCCCGUCAAUGGCAUCGUCAAGGCCACCACAGCGGCAGGUAUCCGCAACGGCCCAUACUCAUCUUCAGUCUCAGCAGCCUCGACACGUCCUACUCGCGCCAACUCCAACACGACUUAUUCCAACAGCUACAGCCAGCCACCCCGCACUGUCCGACCGCAGACGUCCAUGGCACAUACGCGGAGCCAGUCCCAUCAGACCCCCGCGGCUCGGCCACGCACGGCCGUAGAAAGCGAUGACAGCGAUCCGCCAUCGCUCAGUAAGCGCAAGGGUACGGCUCCUAUUUCUAUUACAGCUUGCGUUCCAGCAGAGGAGGUCAGGCCUAGACGGGUACGCGGGAGCUCAAGCACUCAGAGCGAGAACUUCUCGUGUCGCAAAAGAUCUCGCGCUACCCAGGUGACUCCGCACGCUGCGACCGAAUUUCUCUCUCAGCCUGAGCAGCAUUUUCAAUUUCAGCCUUAUGUUCAGCCCCCUCAGCCCGAGCAAGCGGGACGCCGGAAGUCUGCCCGGGAUGUAUCGCUUUCAACACGAUUCCAGUCCCUGACACUCACGGACGGAAUCAAAGAAUGCAUCCCGGAAGAUGAGGAACCGCCUGCUACACCAUCUCUCAUACCCCGUCCUGUACUUGCUCAGCUUCAGCCUCUGCCGCCUCCACCGCCCCCAGCAACCCCCACACAGUUUCGCUAUCGUGCUGCGUCACCUUCCAAAGAGCCAGUCACACCUUUUUUGAGUAAAGAUUCUAACACGCGUGCGCCUUUUGUAGCAUGGGAUACCAAGGGUCGCCUCGAGGAUAUGGAGGCCCUCUAUACCGAGCUCAGGCAUCAAAUGCAGAGCACUACGACCGAGCGUGAGAACAUGAAGGAAAAUGUCGAGAGCUACAAGACGAAAAGUAUGUCAGCUACGCUUGCGCAAAUCAGCUACUCCCUUCAGGAGCUCGUCAUCGCGCGCUACAUCACACAACCAAAGAUCUUGAAGUUAACCAUUGCUCUUGCCACCGCAGUUCACGAACUCGAUGCGAUGCGAGUACAACUGUCAACGAAAGUUGACUCUUACAGAUCCGACCUAGAGAACACAAGGCUGAAACUAACCCAAUCCGAAGUCGCCCUGGACGCCGCCAAGAGAGCGCAUGCGUUCGAAUUGAAGGACCUUCAGAGACAGAGUGAGCAUGAGUUGAAAGACAUGCAAUUUCAACACGAGAGGGAAUCCAUGAGGCUCAAGCAAGACGCCGAGCGGAAAGCGGAUGAGCUGCAAAGGAAGCUGGAGGCCCAAGCCAGCGAUUUGAAAAGGGAGUACGAGCAAAAGCACGCAGACUUAAAAAAGGAGCUGGAGGCAGAGUUGGAGAAGGAGAGGCAGCUCCGCGUCAAGGAGGUCUCGGAGCUGAAGACGGAGACUGAGCUUCAUCGCCAGAAUGCCGGAGUCGACCUGGAGCGCAGGGAUCGUGAAAUGAGAGAGCUCAAACGCGAGAACGAGCAGUUGCAGGCCGAUCUCGAACGGAAGACUACGCUCGAGAAAAACCUCCGCGACAAGCUUUCCGAGGCCUCUACUAACACCCUGACCCUUGAGAGCGCCAACAGCGCCAUGAAAGCCAAAAUCAACUUCCUCGAAUCAGACAGCCAAGCGCAGUCUUCGGCUUUUGGCGAGCUCCAGAAGCAGAUGCAGGAAGCGAUUGAUGCAGCUGAGGAAGCGAAAUCCAAGCUCCGUGCCGAGGAGACGCUUCGCCGCAAGCUCCACAACCAAGUCCAGGAGCUAAAGGGCAACAUUCGUGUCUUCUGUCGUGUGCGUCCACCGGCGGAGACGGAGGCCCCCCAAGCUGCGGAAAUUGCCUAUCCGGAUGCCGGGAAAGACAGCAAAGAAGUGGUCAUCCAAGGUCCGCAGCAAAAGAGCGCAAUGGGUACUGUCACCCAGUCUACGAAUCCUUUCACCUUCGAUCGUGUCUUCGGCCCCGGUUCCCAGAAUGCCGAAGUUUUCGAGGAGAUCUCCCAGCUGGUGCAAUCUGCUCUCGACGGCUACAAUGUCUGCAUCUUCUGUUACGGACAGACUGGCUCGGGCAAGACCUUUACCAUGUCUUCAGUCGAUGGCAUGAUCCCUCGCGCCGUCAAGCAGAUCUACGAGACGGCGCAGGGUCUGGAGGAGAAGGGCUGGAAAUACAAGAUGGAGGGCCAGUUCGUCGAAGUCUACAAUGAAAACCUGAACGACCUGCUUGGUAAGACGGAGGAGCUCGACAAGAAGAAGCUGGAAAUCAGGCACGAUCCGGCCAAGAAGCAGACGACGAUUACCGACGUCACCACGGUUGCUCUCGACAGCCCGGACAGAGUGCAGGAGAUGCUUUCGAGCGCUUCGCGCAACCGCAGUGUCGCGGCAACCAUGGCGAACAGUCGUUCGUCUCGGUCCCACUCGGUCUUCAUCCUCAAGCUCAAGGGCGAGAACUCCAUCACUGGCGAACGUAGCGAAGGCACGUUGAAUCUUGUCGAUCUUGCCGGUAGUGAGCGUUUGAGCCACUCGGGCGCCACAGGUGACCGUCUCAAGGAGACGCAGAACAUCAACCGCAGCUUGAGCUGUCUUGGCGAUGUUAUUGGAGCACUGGGCUCUGGAAAGGAGGGAGCUCAUGUGCCGUACAGGAACAGCAAGUUGACUUAUCUGCUGCAAUACUCUCUUGGCGGCAACUCCAAGACGCUCAUGUUCGUCAUGAUCAGCCCGCUGCAGCCUCAUCUGCAUGAGACCAUUACGAGCUUGAAGUUCGCGACCAAGGUGCACAACACGCACAUUGGCACCGCCAAGAGGCAGGCUAAGAUCAAGGAAUAA